AGGUUUCUGUUAAUGUCGAUGGAGUAUGUGUACCGAAAGAGCAAAAUGCUGCGGAUGCUGUCCAUGCGCAGAGCCUGCCCUGACCUACAUUCCAAUUUAUUGGUCAUCUAAGGCAGCCACAGCCAAAGGCGCUUGCGAAAAAAUAAAUACACACGCAACUUAAGAAGGUUAAUAAUCAUUUACUAGCCUGUAUUUUUAUACAAAUAAAUUAAAAAUUAAUGAAAAACUGUAUACUGCUCAAGAAAAUUUAGCAAAAUCGACGUACACGUAACAUCUGCUGCGCAAUGCCUUAACUUAAUGCUUAAUCGAUAAACAUCAAGCAAGAAACGGAACCGAAACAAAUUGGUAAGUAAAUUUUGCACUGUCUCUGCCGUGACGUGACUGUGCUGACGCAUAGAUAACGAUGAAGCUGUCCGGACUGGCACUAACGGAUGCAGUUGGUUCAAAAUAGAAUCGGUUACAGUCAAGAAAAUUCGUAUGUGCAUAUCUGAUGAGAUCUAGAUUAUUUUGGAUAUUUGCAAUUAUAUACUCAUCACUACAUAACAUUGGGUCGGGAUCUACUUCGACUACAUUGAAGCGUCCCAGAGCUGGGGAUCCCUUCGACACCUUCCCGAAGAACUUCUGGCAGGAGUUCUCGUCGCCGUUUACAGACACGCCGGAAGAUGAGGAGCUGGAGGUCACCGAGACUACCACGCACGAGCCGUUCCCUUUCUUUGCUGAUCCCUAUACGACGGUUAAUAUAAGCACCCAGCUCUCCUCGAACGUGUAUCUGCACUGCCGCGUCAACGACCUACAGGGCAAGACGGUGUCAUGGAUGCGGCGUAGAGGCGAGGACCUCACCCUGAUAACUUUCGGCCAGCACACAUAUAGCGGCGACUCUCGCUACUCGCUCGAGUUUGAGGAUCCCAACGACUGGAAGCUUCUCAUCCAGUUUGCCAAUGAGCGCGAUGAGGGUCCCUACGAGUGUCAGGUCUCGUCGCAUCCUCCCUUGGUGCUCCUCGUAUAUCUAACUAUAAUUGUUCCUCAUGUGGAAAUUCUGGACGAGAGAGGAUCGGCCACACCGGAGAAGUACUACAAGGCAGGCAGCACCAUCGAGCUGCAGUGUGUCAUCUCCAAAAUUCCACAUCCAUCUUCCUACAUCACCUGGCGACACGGACCCCGUCUGCUCAACUAUGACACCAGUCGGGGUGGCAUCAGUGUAAAAACGGAUAUGCUGCCUGGACGUGCUCUGAGUCGCCUAUACAUUGCCAAUGCGAAUCGACAAGAUACCGGGAACUACACCUGUAUGCUGGGCAACGAAAUUACGGAGACGGUUGUAGUACAUGUGCUUAAUGGUGAGGAGCCAGCCGCAAUGCAGCACGCGAACGGGACGCGAUACAGUGCCAAGCCCACGACUAUGGUUGUGUUUUUUCUAUUGUACGUAUACGCGUGUGUUUAUGGGAGGGCGGUGGCCAUAGGUCACCCGUUGGGGCGAUGACGAUAUAGUGGGAUCUGUAAGGUAAAAGCAGAGGAAAAUGCAUACACCAGAAAAUCUUGUCCAGAAUUGCAUUUUGACUUACUCUAAUCACGGGUUGUUUAAUAUUCGAUACAUAGAAUAAACUGAAUACAUAGUAGACCUAAGUCGCAAAUCGGAAAACGAAUGAUAAACAUACAAACAAACAAUGUGAGAACUAGUAUGUAUGUAUGAAUUUACAUAAAUUAUACUAUAAGGGCGUACGCGAACACAUACAUUGUAUAUUGUAUGUAGAACAUGAAAUGGAUUUUGAACAUUUUAAAGCAUAAUCGUCAAACUGUCAUAAUCGAAUCGUACUACAAAGGCCGUGUUUAUGUUGGCUACAUAUUAAUCAUAUUAAUAUAUAUGUA